GGUUAUUAUUAUUAUUAUUAUAGUGUAAAAAGUAGUAAUAUAGUAAUAAUAAUAAUAAUAAUUAUUAUUAUAAUAAUGGUGAUUGAUUAUGAUGGUGGUUAGUAAUAUAGUAAUAAUGGUGAUGGUGAUGGGUUAGGGUUAGGGUUAACUGUAAGGAAGGAAAGCCCCAUAUUACAAAGUGAAACGAUUGUUGUGUAUAUAUACCCACACUUCUCUUAUACACUCACACACACACAGCGAUCAGCACGGUCUAUACAAGAUACACUCCACUCAAUCCACGGCUCUCAGAGGUGAGUGUGUGUGUGAUGCUGAGCUCCACUCCAUCACACAACAAUACGAUUAACAGGCUUCAUUAUUCAUUCCUUCUCUAUUCUUUUUUUUAUUAAUUUUAUUAAUUAAGUAAAUUUCCACAUGUUUGGCAGCUGCUUAGUUUUUUUUUAGCAGAUGAAUAUUAAAUCUGGAUAAACCGCCGGAUAUUAGAGAUUUAUAGAAUAGUUAUUAAGGUAAGUGUGAUGCAAAUAUAAUACUAUUAACGAUCAAUAAUACAGACUUUUUUAUUUAUUUAUAGUCUAGUCGCACGUAAGUGAAACUACAAAUAUAUUUCAAACUGACGAUUUUGUUCUGCUAAUACCAUGUUCAAUUAUUAUUAUUAUUGUUAUUAUUGUUAUUAUUAUUACUUUUUUGUUUCAAGAUUGUAUUAUUAUUUGGUGUUAUAAGAUCUUUCUGCUUUGGAUUUCCAAAAAAAGAAAAAAAAGUAAAUAUUUAAUAUCACCGUUCCAGUUGAACUUUUUGGUCUUCUUUAAAACUGUCGGUUCACCUGCAGGGUUUAUAGAGUGAGGAAUAACUUUAUUACAUAUAAAUGAUUAUUUAGGUGCUGUGGACCUGAUAGACUGCGCUCAGAGUUAGGGUGUGUGUGUGUGUGUGUGUAUCCACAGGGGUUAGGUUUAGGGUGAGCCUAUGAGGAUAACAUUUGAUAAUUCCUUAUUUACUUAUUUAUUUUGCUUGUGUGUGUGUGUGUGUGUGUUAGAUGGCAUGGUGCAGAACAGCUCUGUGGUUCUGGCUCUUAGCAGCAGUGUAUGAGAGAUGCUGCUCUUCUCCUAGUAGUUUGUCCAGCUCGCUCAGCCUGACCCGCGCCGUCCGCUCCCGCGUCCAGCAGCUUCUCCUCAGAUACAAAGAAGAACAGUUUGGUGAUACACACUUUGAUGACAAGAGGAUUGCAUUAAACACCCUACCAUCAGUCACCAUAAACUAUCGGACCUGGCUGCAGAUGAAGGACACUGAGCGCUUGUACCGCGCUUCUCGUGACCUCCAAUCGUUCUGGACUCACCUGGAGAGCCAGCGUCAGAAACUGCACGGGAACAGUGACGGAUCUGGAGAGACCGGGGUGAAGAAGCGAAACAGGCGAGGAAGGCAGAGUCAAUCCUUGUCCCAGAGCAUUCUGGGAAUCCAGCUGGACAUCCGGGACCUCAUGAGACAAGUCAACUCUCAGCUACACAGCAUAAGCACGUUAAAGAAUGAGGAUGACAACACGCACGCACCUCCUCCAACCACCACUUCCUCUUCGACCUCGACCGCGUCUUCGCCCGGCACCGCUCGCGCUGCUCUGGAACUGAUCCGGUCCUCCGCUCUCCGCACCACGGACGUCCCUCGGUCAGUCACUCGGCCCAGAGAGGACGCGUCUUCUCCGGUCGCGGUGCAGCAGAACGCUCCCGAGCCUGUCUCGUCUCAGUGGGUGUCCGUACUCGAGGGCUACGUCAUCCUCCGUGACCUUGAGCGGUACCUAAGCAGACUAGCGCGGGAUUAUAUGCUGCUGCGGGCUAAAUCCUGACCGGGAACCAGCACGUGAACGGAGAAAAAAAAAAGAAAGAAAAAGUAUAAAAAAAAAAAAAAAACAAAGUGGGGAAACGAAGUGUUUAACCCUGCACACACCAGCACAUUCCAAUGCAGCUAAGACGAGGGCGUGAGUACCUCAAUUAGCGUUUAUUUAUUUUUGCAACGAUAUUUAUUUAUUUUAAACAAGCUUACCUUCCAAAGUAUUUUCUCACCGUGUCUAGUUUAACAUUUUAAAGUUGCAGUUUGUGAUUUUUAUUUAUUUUAAAGAUCAAAGUAUCUCAUUUCAGGGAUCCCUAUAAAGAAUGUGAUUCACGAUACUGCUGUACAGCAGUCCUGCAUAUUUCCUUUAUUCCUGGCAUCUGUUUACGUUUUUCCGGGCCAGAAAUAAGCUGAAAUCCUCCCUGUUUUCUGUUUAAAAAAAAAAAAGAAAAGGGAACUGAUACUUGUUGAUACUUGGCGUGUUACUCGUUUCAGCUCACAGGCAGCCUAAAAACAACUGAUCACAAACUGCUCCUUACGUGGCAUACCGGUGUUUAUAAUUUCUAAACAAUGUCUAAUUUUAUGUCCUUAUCAUUUCAUUUUUGUCCUUGAGGGAGUAAUAGUGAUGGAACUGAGGCAGCUGCAAGAUAAUAGAUCUAAUAGGUCUAAUCUAAUAUACGUUCAUAUUGGGCGUACUAGAAGGGAAAAAAAAAGGAAAAAGAUUGACCUGUUCACCGGUCAAAAGUGUUUCAAACGGAACAACGUUCCACAAUACCUCACAGCGGUUUAAAAAUGUAUCAAAAUAUUAUUUCUUACUCAGGCAUGGGAGGGGAUUUCUGCUUUGAAUCCCCCUAAAAUAUUUUCUCAAAGUGCCAAAUGCUUAUUCCUGGCUGGGUAUCGUGACACAUACUGUAUACAGUGCAGACGAUUAUACUCAUGUCUUGCGCAGUAAUUGUGCAAGACGUCAAAGUCAUCGUUACGAUUCCUCCAGUUUCGACGUUCUCAGUAGAUCGAGAUCGAUAGACUUUUGCACUAGUUUGUUGGAGCUUGAAAAAGAAAGAAUCAUGGAUGUUCUUACUGAAGCUACUGACUGUUAUGUAUUUCAUAUCCACUGUGAAAACCGAGAAAGAAAAAGGACCAAG